GGCGGCGGCGGCGGCGGCGGCGGCGGGGGAGCCACGCAUGUGGUGCCGCAAGGUCCGCUGACAGCGUUUGAACUCUUCUGCCGCGACGCGGAGGCGCGGCGAGUGAUUGAGGACUGCGGUGACCUGCAGGAUGAAGAUUCAUUGGAGGGGCGCUGCAGCAGCCGGCGACUUCUCGCAGAGGCGUGGCUCUCCGCGGACGCAGCGACACGAGAGCGUUUCGAGACUGCUGCUGCCACUGCCGUUGCUGCCCUUAAACCGUCACGUGCAGCUGGUGUGAAACAGUUGCGCAGCAGCAGGAAUGCCAGCACGAGCAGGAGGAGGAAGACGCCCACAGCAGCAGCCGCUACCACAACCGCUUCCUCCAGUAAUAAUGCAACGAUCGUGUCAGAUACUGCGCCGCCCUCCGAAGGGGAUUCCACGGCGAUGGCAAAUACAACAGAGACAGGGGUGCGGCGAGGCGCUGGGAUGUUGGUAACGUCAUAUAAGCGGCCACCUACGUCUUACAGACUAUUCUGCAAGCGCCAGCGCGGAGUGUAUGGCAGCAACGACGCACUAAUGCGGGCCUGGAGAGGGAUGAGCUCUACGGAGAAGCAGCCGUACGAUGACGAGGCGGCUGCCAUCCGCGUGGCGCUGCGGAAGUAA